UUCCCCUGAAGAUCAUAAUGUGCAGAGGACUUGCAUCUCUACCUAGCACAUGUCUGGAAAGGGCUAAGGGAAUUAAGGCACGCUUAUGCAGAGUCCUUCAUAAACCAGACCGAAGCCUAUCCAGCUAUUCAUACAAAACAGAGACACAAAGGUCCAGUCCAGAGGAAUCCUUAAAUUUCAAAGUAUCUUUUGAAAAACUUCUGACAAAUAAACAUGGGCUCUCUGCCUUCAGAGCUUUCUUGGUGGCUGAGUUCAGUGAGGAAAACAUUGCUUUUUAUCUUGCCUGUGAGGACUUCAGAAGCACCAAGUCCACUGCCAAGCUGCCAGCCAAGGCAAAGAACAUAUAUGAUGAAUUCAUUGCAAGUUAUGCACCAAGAGAGGUCAACAUCGAUCACGAGACUAGGAAUAUCACCAAAGGCAACUUAGAGCAACCCACCCUGUCCUGCUUUGACUUGGCUCAGCACAAAAUUUACACUCUCAUGGAGAAAGACAGUUACCCACGUUUCCUAAGGUCUGCUGCCUACCAAGAUCUGAUUAGCCAGCUUACAAAUAAGACCAACAAGCUGCUAUGCAGUGGCAGGAAGAUGUGUACUUGA